UGGUGAGUGAGACGGAAUUGACCAGGGUCGGCUGCGUCACUAGGCGGCGAGGAAUUCUGCCACAUGCCCCGUGCGUCGUGCUUUCCGAAUGCGGCGGGCAGCUGCCAACUCGCUGCUGAUGCGCCUCAUGAGUGAAGGCACUUACUUAUUCUCACCAAUCAGUCACAUGUCUCUAUUCCACAUCAGCUUCCCUUAAACCCCCCGUCUCACUUGAAUCAAGUUCGGUUGGAGAAAGUCGCAGAAACCCGGCGACAAAGAAAGCGUGCGGCCAAAGCUGUCCGCUGUCACAACGGCCAUCCGAACCCCGCCACCAUCCAGACACUUGAUCCAGCUCCGUGAAUUAUUUCACUCCAAAACACUCAACUAUGAGCCACCGCGUGCGCACCAAGAUCCGCGCUCCUAGAAGGGGCGUGGCUGGAGCCAACGAUGUCGACUUCGAUGAUACCUGGACCACCCUAUCACACGCUUUCGGCGAAAUUCACACCAAGAACGCCUCGGCCCUUUCCUUCGAACAGCUUUAUCGCGCCGCUUACAAGAUAGUAUUGAAGAAGAAGGGCGACGAGUUGUACAAAAAGGUCUCCGAAUUUGAGAAGCAUUGGCUGUCUACCGCUGUUCGUCAAGACAUCUCUCGUACUCUGGAGGGUACAAUUCUUGCCAACAACCUGGACAACUCUGCCGACACGACUUCUACUGCUCCCGAACGUCGCGAGGCUGGCACUCGCUUCCUCGCCGCCCUGAAGACCGCAUGGCAAGACCACCAGACUUCCAUGAGCAUGUUGACCGACGUUCUCAUGUACAUGGACCGUGUCUACUGCACAGACACCAGACAGCCUUCCAUCUUCUCCAAGGCCAUGAGUCUGUUCAGGGAUAGCAUCCUGUAUCCGACCGCAAUCACCGUGGGCGAGCAGUCCCGCACUUUCCUCGACGUUUUGAACCGCAUCAUUCUCGACCAAAUUCACAUGGACCGCGACGGUGACUACAUCGACAAGUCCCUGAUCAAGGCCAACACGUACAUGCUGGAAGGCCUAUUCGAGACGGACCAGGAAGGAGAAGAUGAAAAGCUAUACCUCACAAAAUUCGAACUGAAUUUCCUUGCCAGAAGCGCCGAAUUCUACCGCGAAGAGAGUGCUAGACUUUUGAAAGAUUCGGAUGCUGGAACAUAUUGUCGCCAUGUCAAGAGAAGGAUAGAUGAAGAAGCCGACCGCUGUCGUUCCACGCUCUCCGAAUCAACCUCUUCGAAGAUCAUCAAGGUCGUCGAGGAUGAGCUCAUUCGUCAGCAAAUCAAGGCCUUGAUUGAGAUGGACAGUGGUGUACAAUUCAUGAUCACAAACGACAGGCACGACGAUCUUGGUCUGGUCUUUGAGCUGGAAAGCCGAGUGGACCCCAAGAAGCCGGAGUUGACAAGAGCGGUCCAGAAGAUCAUUCAGGAGAUGGGAACAAAUGUCAACAGCAAUGCCCUGAACCUAUCGACCGGCCAGCCAGCUCCUGUAGAGGACGGAGAGAAUAACACCGAGAAGGAAAAGGCGAAACCAGUGGAGAAGGUUGUCAAUCAGCAGACUGUCGCAGCUCUCAAAUGGGUCGAGGCUGUGCUGGAGUUGAAGGACCGCUUCGAUCGCAUCUGGAAGCUGGCUUUCAAGCAGGAUCAGGUUUUGCAAACGGCCCAAACUCGCAGCUUCUCAGACACCAUCAACGCUUUCCAACGAAGCUCCGAGUACAUUUCCUUGUUCAUCGACGACAACAUGAAGAAGGGCAUCAAGGGCAAGACAGAGGAGGAGAUUGACGAAGUUCUUGAAAAAGCCAUCACGUUGGUGCGCUACCUACAAGAUAAAGAUGUCUUCGAGACUUACUACAAGAAGCAUCUCUGUAGGCGCUUACUUAUGAAUAAAUCUGUCAGUAUCGACGUUGAGAAGCAGAUGAUUUCCCGCAUGAAGAUCGAGCUUGGCAACAGCUUCACGGUCAAGAUGGAAGCCAUGUUCAAGGACAUGACGCUCUCGGAAGAGCUCACAUCAGGCUACCAGACAUAUGUCUCGAAGCUUGGCGACAACAGUUCGAGAAGAAUCGACCUCAGCAUCAACGUCCUCACCAGCAUGACUUGGCCGAUGGAGACCAUGAAGGGACUCGAUGAGGAGAGAGAUGGUACAGUCAAGACUGUCUAUCCUCCUGCUAUCGAGAGGAUCAAGACGAGCUUUGAACAAUUCUACAGCACCAAAUACUCCGGUCGUGUUCUUAGCUGGCAGGGAAGUAUGGGCACAGCUGAUAUCAAAGCAACGUUCAAGGUCCCUGGCAAGGACGGCGGUCCCCCGAAAGUCAGAACGCACGAGCUCAAUGUGUCAACCUAUGCCAUGAUCGUCCUGACCCUGUUUAACGAACUGCCAGCCGACGAAUCACUCACGUGCGAAGACAUCCAGGCACAAACCAACAUUCCACGAAAUGAGUUGUUCAGAACAUUGCAGUCGCUGGCAGUGGCACCCAAAACUCGUAUUCUCACCAAGGAGCCGAUGAGCAAGGACGUCAAACUCACUGACCGUUUCGCCUUCAACGAGAAGUUCACCUCCAAGUUCAUCAAAGUCAAGGUCGGCGUCGUCUCAGCAGGCAAUAAGGUUGAGAACGACAAGGAGCGCAAGGACACGGAAAAGAAGAACAACGACUCUCGUGGUUUCGUCAUCGAGGCUGCCAUCGUGCGCAUUAUGAAACAGCGAAAGGAUUUGUCACACUCACAGCUGGUCACGGAAACGCUCACGCAGUUGAGUCAACAGUUCAAGCCUGAUGUCACCAUGAUCAAGAAGAAGAUCGAGAGCUUGAUUGAGCGCGAGUACCUGGAGCGUAUCGAAGAUGCUAAGGUUCCUUCAUACCGCUACCUUGCAUAGACGUGUUUUCCUUCGCGCUUUUUAUCCUGCAUUUCGUUACCGGCGUACACAUGGCAAAAAAAGGGGUUCACAUCAAGCACUGGAGUUUUUUUUUCUGGAAGUUGAGCGCAAGAUAUGGCAAUCUUGGAGGGAGGUCAUGACGGAGCAUUCACAGAGCGAAUUGAGCAGCAUCACCUUCCAUAUCAUCCCUUUUCUUUCUUCAGGCGUCCAGGAUGAUAUGGGAGAGGCUUGGGUGAAGGAUAUAUUUUAGCAAUGGCGCUCAUGGUGUUUUUCUUUUUCUCUUCAGAUGGAUAGAGAAAAGGGCGAACGGUCACUUUUUCUCCUACAGGUCAAAGAACAAGAAGUUUU